GGACGCCCUGCCACAGGUCCACAGUGUCCCUGCCACAGGCUCUCCAUCGAGGACCAUGGCGAGGUUAAGCUGGGGAUACGACGAGCACAACGGUCCUAUUCACUGGAAUGAAUUGUUCCCUAUUGCGGAUGGUGAUCAGCAGUCUCCAAUUGAGAUUAAAACCAAAGAAGUGAAAUACGACUCCUCACUCCGACCUCUCAGUAUCAAGUAUGAUCCUGCCUCGGCUAAAAUCAUCAGCAACAGUGGCCAUUCCUUCAACGUUGACUUUGACGACACAGAGGACAAAUCAGUUCUGCGUGGAGGUCCUCUCACUGGAAGCUACAGGUUGCGGCAGUUCCAUCUGCACUGGGGGUCAGCAGACGACCAUGGCUCUGAGCAUGUGGUGGAUGGCGUGAGGUAUGCUGCAGAGCUGCAUGUUGUCCACUGGAAUUCAGACAAAUACCCCAGUUUUGUAGAGGCAGCUCAUGAGUCCGAUGGGCUGGCUGUCCUGGGAGUAUUUCUACAGAUUGGGGAACACAAUCCUCAACUGCAAAAGAUCACGGACAUUUUGGAUUCCAUUAAGGAAAAGGGUAAACAAACACGGUUCACAAAUUUUGACCCCUUAUGUUUGCUUCCGUCAUCCUGGGACUACUGGACAUACCCUGGUUCUCUGACGGUUCCACCUCUUCUUGAGAGUGUCACGUGGAUUGUUUUAAAACAACCUAUAAGUAUCAGCUCUCAACAGUUGGCCAGAUUCCGAAGCCUCUUGUGCACAGCUGAGGGCGAGAGUGCGGCUUUCCUGUUAAGCAAUCACCGUCCGCCACAGCCCCUGAAGGGCCGCAGAGUGAGAGCAUCUUUCUAUUAGCACUGACCAGUGGAUCAGCACAACCAGAACAGGAAGGGAGCAAACACAAUGGAGCUGAGACAUUCCUAUUAAUGGCUUUUUGAGAAUUUCAUGUUUGUGGAUUCCACUUGCCCAGCAGCUUUGGCACCACAGAGAAAACCAGAGGUCUGAAAUAACUUAGCUCAUCACUCCUAGAUUUGCCCUAAUGGAUGUCCAAUUGCUAAAUAUUGGAUGUAUAUUAAUGUCAUGAAGUACACUGUUUCAGCCCUUCUGACAGUAAUGUCAGCCUUCCAAACCUCAGACUGUACUAAACUUUGCUGUGGGCUUUGGCUGAACAUUCUAAAGAGCGUUUGAUAAAAACUUUAAAUUUACUCUGAAAUGGUAUUAUUCUUAAACAAGCAGUUCUUACAGUUUUAAUAUUUUUCGCAUGAAUCAAGAGUAUAUAUUUCCUUUAAUACAUUUUCUCAGAUUCUCAUUUUAUGUACUGUAAUAUAGCAUACGACACAAAACAUACAGGGAUAAGGAUAGAAUAAUGUGACUACUCCUGUGACUAAAAUAACCUACAGUUUUAGUGAAGAAUUCCUCAGGCUAAGAACAUCUAUUUAAGGCAUUAUUCCGUCUAAUACAUUCACUCGAGAAUGUUAGUGACCACCAGGGUGAUAACUGACAAUGUGUCUGGCUCAUGGCAUUAACAUGAUUCAGACCAGCAGUUUACACAAUACCACUGCAGCAGAACAGCCCUGAGCUGGUGAACAGGUUCCCACAUUUGCCCUGGGUGCUAUCCUAUAUCUGUUGUUUUUUCUAUCACCAGUGAAAACAAUGAGCCCAGUCUUGCAUAAAUGCCUACACCAUUCAGUGCAUUUUCUAGGAAGAACUUAUGAUUUUAUAAGAUGCCAUUUGGUACUAACUUCAGACUAUUCUCUCUGGAGUGUCGCACACCAUGUUCCUUUUGUGUUUUCAUUAUGAGGUGAUUCCAUCAUUAACUCAAUAACCACACUUAAGACUUGAAUAUUUGUUAUACUUUUGCUAUUUUGUGAAACUGUGUUCCUGAGUUUCUUAAGUUUAAUAAUUUGUUUCAGAUUUCUCUCAUCUUGUAAAUGUAAAGUUAAUUACUGAGAUUUUUCUUCAUAUUCUUCUCAGUAGAAUAAUUUUAUUUUGA